AUGGUCGGCACAAGCUACAAAAGUCGUCAUGCCGACGAGGCGGUGGAGAAAUCGGAAGGGAGCAGAAGUGGCGAUGCCGCAGGUAGCAGCAGCAGCCGACGCCGGCAACAGCAGCAGCAGAAGCGAGAGCGCGAUAGCUCGGCCCGAGCGACCAAGAACACCUUCGGGACACCGACCAUGCUUGGCAUCCAGUACACCUCCGAGGAGGCGAGCAACAUCUACAGCAAAGUUGGCACGCUCAACGGCUACACGUUUGAGGUGCCUCCAGUGAAUCGAUUCCACAGCAAAACUGCAGAGGCGAAGUUCACCCAGCUCACCGGCAGCCUUAACCCGAAGUUCGAGGCCAGCCGCUUCGACCACCUGCGCGAGCGUCUCCAAGUGGCCGAUAAGCGCGACAAGGACGGCCACUUGCAGGCGAUCGCGAUGCUGUACGCCGAGUUCCUCGGGAACAACUUUCUGAAGGCCACGAAUAUCAACUACGCCGAAAUGGAGCGCUGCUUCUACCCGAACUACGCACCCAAGUACGACACACUUUUGAAGUCGCUCGGGAUGCCCAAGCCGCUGUGGUGGCGGCAGGGCAUGUUUUCCUCGCUUGAGGACAUCUCGCGUGUCCCGCUGGAUCGCUGCAACGUGGAGAAGGAGACGUCGAUGUCCUUCGAAGAGUGGUACUGCCUAUUCUGGAACUACUACCAGCCCUUCAACACCCUCGCGUAUCUGUGCAUGGUCACGGCGCAGUCGAUGGUGUACACGCGAGAGCUCGUUGACAGCGUGGCUGACUACCUGGCCGAGCGACACGCCUUGAUUACCGAGGCGAAGGCCAAAAGCGCACCAAUCCUGUUCCUUGGCGCGCGCACGGGCAAGUUCGGCGCGCUGCUGAACGCAACCAAGAAGCUGCCGGUCCAGGUCAUUCACACGCACGAGAACCCCAACAUGAACCCUUACCUGAUGGUGAUUCCGCAGAACAAGCAGGCCGAGUUCAAGCCAAACCCGAUCGUCAAGAUGAAGAAUCAGGCAGCACUGGAGAAGUACGAACCGAGCAUUGUGCUCUUCUCCGACAUGAUCAUGAACAGCGAUCCGACGGCGCAGAUCCGGCAGCAAGGCUCGGUGCGCGAGUACGUGUACUUUGGGGUGCCGGACAGCUACUGCGAGGGGCACGCGUGGGAUACGUGGGGCUACUUCAAGUACCGUGAACGCGGCACCGAUCACAUUCCGGCGUACAUGCGUGAGGGGUUUGGCAAGGUGAAGCUGCCGCACCUCUCGCGCUGGAUGAUCCACAAACUGGACAGCGACAUGCAGAUGGGCAACGGUGCCGUGACAGCGUGGAUCCGCACGCCGCUUCUGCCAGCGGCCAGCACGCGGUGGAGAUGGCGCAUGAUGCGCCUCAGGCCAUUUUUUUGA